AUGGCAAAUCAUGGAUGGCUUCCUCGCUCCGGAAAGAACAUCGACCUGGCCACGCUAAGACACGCUGUAGCUGGUGCUUUUGACUACGAACCUACAAGCUUCGACAGCGCCUUCGCACAGGCUCUUGCUUUCAACCUCACUACUACCGGAAACAGCUCAACAAUCCAUCUUAGGGACUUGGCACGACAUGACGAUGUCGAAUUCGACGGGUCACUCUCGCGCAACGAUAUCUAUUUUGGAGACAAUUUACAUUUCGAUCCAAUUGUCUGGAAAACUGUCGCUGAGAACCUCCGCCUCUACGAGACAUUGGGCUCUGAGGUUGAUAAUUAUGUUACUGUGGAACUGGCUGCAAAGGCUUGUGCUGCUCGUGUUAAAGAGGCGAAGAGAGUUAAUCCCACAUUCAAUGCUUCAACAAAUGAGAUGGAAGGAAGUCCUGGGACUGCUGGUCUUUACUUGACUAUGCUUUGGGAUGCCGAUUUCGUUGCUGCACCAAAAGCAUGGGUUAAAGCGUUCUUUGGUAAGUCGACCAACUUUUUUAAAUAUAAUCGAGGAUCUUGUCAGACUUGGAGAUACUUGCAAUAA